AGCGAAGAAGUUGGGGGGAGUCUCGUCUCGACCUCCAAUCAGAAUAGCUAUUCGCAGCACUGACAGUUAAUAUAAAACCGCAAGACAUCUCUCUAGCUUGCCUGAACCACACAAUGAUAUGGGAUUUAUAAAAAUGGGUGCGGAGGUUGAGUCUCAUGCAGGAUUCCUCGGCGCUGUGAAGUGAACUGGAUUGUCCAGGCGAGCCAACUAUCUAAAUUUAUAUUUGAUGGUCAAGAACAUGAUGGCGUUUCUCCUGUGUGUUAGCCUGUGGAUGCUCCUGGCUGUCCAUGGCCAAGCUGGAGCAGUGAAGAAUUGCCACCCGGGUUGCCACUGUGAGGUGGAGAGCUUCGGCCUGUUCGACAGCUUCAGCCUGACCAGGGUGGACUGCAGGGGAGUGGGCCCUAGCACCAACCCCAUCUCCAUCCCCCUGGACACUGCCCACCUGGACCUCUCCUCCAACUCUAUGUCCCUGCUGACCGACACCAUGCUCUCUGGGCCUGGCUAUACCACCUUGGUCAGCCUGGACCUCAGCAACAACCUCAUCUCCAUGGUCAGCCCCAAGGCCCUGUCCAGGCUGCGCUACCUGGAGUCUCUGGACCUCAGCCACAACUUGUUGGAGGGCCUGAACGAGGGCUGCUUCUCUGGCCUCCCCCUGGCCGAGGUGGACCUCAGCCACAACCACUUCCGAGAGUUUGAUCUGGACAUGUUCAUCACUAAAGAUCACGGAGAGCCAAUCAGCGUGGAUCUGUCCCACAACCGGCUGACAGUGGUCUCCUGGAGUUCUUCUAGGAGCCCCUUGCUACAUGUCCAGAGCCUGACUCUAGCAGCCAACCAGCUGAGGGCCGUGCCCAAGUUAAAAGGCAUCCUGCUGAGGGACCUAAACCUGGAUGGGAACAGUAUCUCCCGCAUUGAGGAGGGUGCUUUUGAGGACCUCAAGGACCUUGUUUACCUGUCCCUCAGUGGGCUUCCUGAGCUGUUUAACAUCCAGUCCAACUGUUUCAGAGGCCUACAGAACCUUCAGGUCUUGGACCUCUCCGACAAUGCCAAGCUAAAAACACUGAGCCCAGCUGUGUUCAGUGGACUUGUGUCUCUACAGGAGCUCAAUCUGUCAAACUCUGGAGUGGCGUCAUUGCCAAAUAACAUGCUAAGUCACUUGCCAAUCAUCAAGAGUAUCACCCUGGGCCAGAAUAUCCAUUGUUGGAGGGCUCAAAAGCAGGGCCAGUUUCACAGGCAGCUCGGACAGGAACAGAAACAUGACGAGGUGCUAACCUGUGACGUUGAAGGGGUUAUCUCGUGAUUGUGUUCGGAUCGUUGCCGUCAGUGUGGGCAUCUAGCUAACACAUUAGUGCUAAAACUGUGCCUUAUAUCACUAUAUCACUUUGUUAUUGCCGCCAAUCAUGAUAAUUACUAUUUGAACAGUUGUUUAAAUUUCAAUUCAAAAAUGUGUUUUUAUUCCAAAGGCCUGCGGUAUUUAUAGUAAUCCACUGUACUAUCACGUCAUGCUUGCUGUGCAUAAAGCAUGUCUUUCCACUACAGUAACAAGCUAGCAGUAGCAUUGAUGGAUAUUAUAUUAAACAUAUUUAGUUCUUUAGGAUCUGGAAAUAGAAACAGACCUCUGCCACUAGGGAAAAUAUUGUUAUAUUCCAUAACAAUCAUCAGAUCAUUGAAGUAUGCACAUUACUAUGCAAGGACCACUCUUAUUUCAGAACGAAAGGUAAACAUCUUAUGUAGAGUAUAUAGUUAAGUAUGUAUAUCAUAGGAAGCUGGUGGGAGGCGCUAUAGGAGGACGGGCUCAUUGUAAUGGCUGGAAUGGAAUAAAUGAAACGGUAUCAAUCAAAUACAUGUUUCUAUCAAAUGUAAUUAUAAAGCCCUUUUAAGAUCAGCAGAUGUCACAAAGUGCUAUGUUGAAACCCAGCCUAAAACCCCAAACAGGAAGCAAUGUAGAUGUAGAUUCACAGUGGCUAGGAAAAACUCCCUAGAAAGACAGGAACCUAGGAAGAAACCUAGAGGAACCAGGCUCUGAGGGGUGGCCAGUCCUCUUCUGGCUGUGCUGGGUGAAGAUUGGAAACCACAUUUGACUCUGUUCCAUUUAUUCCAUUCCAGAUGUUACAAUGUGACAUCCUCCUAUAGCUCCUUCCACCAGCCUCCUCUGACGUCUAGUUUUAUUAAGUGGACACAUUCUCCUGCUAUCUUGCUCCGUAAUGUUUACAUGGUCUAAGACCUAGAAGCCAACAUUGCCUGUUCUGUUUCAAAGAGCAGUUGAGGUUGAAACUGAGGAUGAAAUGUGGUCUGAACAAAUCAAUGCAUAAACACAUUUAUGAAUGUCACCCAGGGGUUUUUCGCUACUCCGUUAUUGAAUCAGUUUCUCAUGACCGUGACCAAAACAUAAAACAGUCCUUGUACUAGUAUUAAACACAGACAUGUUUUGUCUUGUAUUUUAAUAUCUCUUCUGACAGAGAAGUGUGUUUUAACUGAAACACUGUGCCACAUGUCAUUUGAUACAUUGUAUUAUUCACCCUACUUUGAAAUAUUGUAAAUGUCGCAGCUAUUCUACAGCAUCGACUUUGGAUCGACAUUGGCCAAAAUCCUUCAGAUAUUCUGUGCAACAACUGCAUGUUUGAACACCUGCCUUGGUUGCUAUCCCUGUGGUAUAAUAUGGACCAAAAGAGACAAUCAUCCUCAUAACUGCACAUGAGCUGGUUUGGAUGUUAAACAUCUGCAUAAAGAUUGUACAGUGCCUUGCGAAAGUAUUCGGCCCCCUUGAACUUUGCGACCUUUUGCCACAUUUCAGGCUUCAAACAUAAAGAUAUAAAACUGUAUUUUUUUGUGAAGAAUCAACAACAUGCGGGACACAAUCAUGAAGUGGAACGACAUUUAUUGGAUAUUUCAAACUUUUUUAACAAAUCAAAAACGGAAAAAUUGGGCGUGCAAAAUUAUUCAGCCCCUUUACUUUCAGUGCAGAAAACUCUCUCCAGAAGUUCAGUGAGGAUCUCUGAAUGAUCCAAUGUUGACCUAAAUGACUAAUGAUGAUAAAUACAAUCCACCUGUGUGUAAUCAAGUCUCCGUAUAAAUGCACCUGCACUGUGAUAGUCUCAGAGGUCCGUUUAAAAGCGCAGAGAGCAUCAUGAAGAACAAGGAACACACCAGGCAGGUCCGAGAUACUGUUGUGAAGAAGUUUAAAGCCGGAUUUGGAUACAAAAAGAUUUCCCAAGCUUUAAACAUCCCAAGGAGCACUGUGCAAGCAAUAAUAUUGAAAUGGAAGGAGUAUCAGACCACUGCAAAUCUACCAAGACCUGGCCGUCCCUCUAAACCUUCAGCUCAUACAAGGAGAAGACUGAUCAGAGAUGCAGCCAAGAGGCCCAUGAUCACUCUGGGUGAACUGCAGAGAUCUACAGCUGAGGUGGGAGACUCUGUCCAUAGGACAACAAUCAGUCGUAUAUUGCACAAAUCUGGCCUUUAUGGAAGAGUGGCAAGAAGAAAGCCAUUUCUUAAAGAUAUCCAUAAAAAGUGUUGUUUAAAGUUUGCCACAAGCCACCUGGGAGACACACCAAACAUGUGGAAGAAGGUGCUCUGGUCAGAUGAAACCAAAAUUGAACUUUUUGGCAACAAUGCAAAAUGUUAUGUUUGGCGUAAAAGCAACACAGUUCAUCCCUCUGAACACACCAUCCCCACUGUCAAACGUGGUGGUGGCAGCAUCAUGGUUUGGGCCUGCUUUUCUUCAGCAGGGACAGGGAAGAUGGUUAAAAUUGAUGGGAAGAUGGAUGGAGCCAAAUACAGGACCAUUCUGGAAGAAAACCUGAUGGAGUCUGCAAAAGACCUGAAACUGGGACGGAGAUUUGUCUUCCAACAAGACAAUGAUCCAAAACAUAAAGCAAAAUCUACAAUGGAAUGGUUCAAAAAUAAACAUAUCCAGGUGUUAGAAUGGCCAAGUCAAAGUCCAGACCUGAAUCCAAUCGAGAAUCUGUGGAAAGAACUGAAAACUGCUGUUCACAAAUGCUCUCCAUCCAACCUCACUGAGCUCGAGCUGUUUUGCAAGGAGGAAUGGGAAAAAUUUCAGUCUCUCGAUGUGCACAACUGAUAGAGACAUACCCCAAGCGACUUACAGCUGUAAUCGCAGCAAAAGGUGGCGCUACAAAGUAUUAACUUAUGGGGGCGGAAUAAUUUUGCACGCCCAGUUUUUCAGUUUUUGAUUUGUUAAAAAGUUUGAAAUAUCUAAUAAAUGUCGUUCCACUUCA